AGACUCCAAACAAACUGAAAGAAACACCCUGUUAAAGAGGCCUAGUCGAGCCAGUUUGGGAUAUUUAGGUCUAGGCGUUCACCUGUCUCAGGUAAAAUGAGCUCACCUUUGUCGAUGCUGAAGAAGACGAGGCGCACUCCACUGCAGGGCCCUGUGAAUGAGCAAUGGGGCAGACCAAAAGUGCCUUUCAAGAGGAAUCUGUUAAAAGAACUUCAGUCUGCAUUGGCUGAUGAUAAUGAUAAUGAUGAUGAUGAUGAUGAUGAUGAUGCAGCCAAUGAUGCCUCCACUUCAAAGUCAAAAGCCCCAUUAAAGAAAGGUGCUCCACCAAGCGACUUCGAGCUAAUGUCUGCCAUGAUGCAGCGGGUGAGCCUGCUAGAGAGAACAGUUCGGGGCCAAGCACAGGAGAUCGAGCGCAAGGAUAAAAGCAUUUCCGUGUUGGAAGAAAAGCUGAGUCUUCUGAAAGAAUCAGAGAGCGCCCAUGAUGUGAGUGGCAGAGACGAUCUUGAAAUAAAGUGCCAACAGCUGCAGAAUCAAGUGUGUGAAAUGGAUAGCUUCCUGAAUGACUAUGGUUUGAUCUGGGUGGGAGACGGUGAGAGCAGUGAGUCGGCUGAAAGUGAGCAGCAAUGUAACUUAGAGAGAGGCCUCGGGCAGCCAGACGCCUCCGGGGUCAGGAGCUUCAGCAUGAACUUUGACCUGGUGCUGCAGAGGAUCAAGGAGCUGAACAUCCUGGCAGGGGAUGGAGAGUGUUUUGUACAAUCGACAGCCACGGGGGCACAUCUGGCAAAAAAGGAUCCUAUUCAACUGAGUCUCUACGGCAACGGCAUCGUCAUGUUUGGCGGUCCUUUCCGCUCUUAUCGGGGGCACAGCACCCAGCAGUGCAUGCAAGAUCUGAUGGACGGGUAUUUUCCAUCUGAGCUUCAAGAAAGAUUUCCAGACGGUGUGCCUUUUGAGGUUCAUGACAGGCGAGAUGAGGAUUUUAUCUCCAAGCCAACGUGGAAUAAGUUUCCUGGCGAAGGACAGGCUGUUCGUGGGGAGAAAGAUAAUUCAUCAAAUGCCGUCAGCUCUCAGUUACCUGGGAAGAAGUUGAGCAUGGAUCAGUUCCUGAACAGGUUACCAAAGGUAGUGGUGAAGGCCGGUCGUGUGAUUGAUAUCAGAGACUCGCUGAAGGCUGCCCUGCAGGGUUCAUCUGACGCCCAGAGCAGCAACUCGGUGAUCCUCAUAGACACGCCGGCACUGCAAGCGAUGAAAUACAGACUGCAGAUGUCCAGCCCUGACCGUCCUUCGUCCGCCCGUGAUGUCAUCACGCUCAAGGUGAAGUCAGAAGACGGAAAUCAUACUUACAUACUGAAGAUGUCCUUCUCAGAAACGAUCGACGACCUGCGGCAGCAUCUGGACAAACUCAGAGGGGCUGCUCUUCCCGGUUAUGACAUCAUCAGCGCGUACCCGCAGUGCUGCUACGAUGAUGACCACCAGACGCUCCUAUCAUGUGGACUCACGACUAAUGCUACACUGCUGCUGCGAAGGAGGCAACACCCUCAUUCACUGACUGAAGCCAAUAAAAUAAAGCUAUAAAAGGUUA